UGGACGUAAACUUGAGCUGCAUUUAUUCGGUCUCAGCUAUAAGCAUGGAGUCGUUUUAAUUAUUCUUUUAGCAAUAUAACGACAACCGCAGGUGCAAUGGAGAAAAUCCAGAAUCUCCCUAUUGACAUCCAAACAAGUAAACUCUUAGACUGGUUGGUGGACAGGAGGCACUGCACACUAAAAUGGCAAAGUGCAGUUAUGACUAUUAGAGAGAAAAUCAAUGUUGCCAUUCAGGAUAUGCCAGAGAAUGAGGAGAUAAAACAAUUACUAUCUGGAACAUAUAUCCACUAUUUCCAUUGUUUACGAAUAAUCGAAAUAUUGAAAGGAACAGAAGCAUCCACAAAAAAUAUUUUUGGCAGAUAUUCAUCUCAAAGGAUGAAGGACUGGCAAGAGAUUGUGUCUGUCUAUGAAAAAGACAACGUCUAUUUAGCUGAAGUGGCCAGUCUGUUGUUUCGCAGUGUAAGUUAUGAAGGUCCUGCUCUAAGGAAGCAAGUGUCUAAAGCUCAGCAGCUUCAGCAGGAGCUGAGCCGACGAGAAGUGGAGUGUCAAAGCGGUGCUGCAGACAUGAGGGAACGUUUUUAUGCAGCCUGUAAACAAUAUGGUAUAAAGGGGGAAAAUGUGGCGAGGGAGUUACAAGCUCUGGUCAAAGAUCUGCCUGUAGUUUUAGAAGGAACUGGUAAGAAAGCAGCCUGCCUGAAAGAAGCUUCAGAGUUUUACACAGCAUUCACAGAUUUUGUCUGUGGCUGGUCUGAGCCAGUUCUCCCCAUGCUUCGGUUUGUCCAGCAGAAAGGAAACACAACUGUGUAUGAGUGGAAGACAGGAAAUGUGCCUACGGUUAUAGAGAGACCUGUAAUGGAGGAAGCCCCACUUGACGUUGUCACAGAGGAGACGAUUGACUGGGGUAACCUUGGCAGCGGUGCCGGUACUGAGGAGGUGAAUGUUGGGAUCUCUGUUGAGGAUGGUGUGGACUGGGGCAUUAGCCUUGAAUCUGGCCCUGAGGAAACAGGUGCUGGUGGUAUUGACUGGGGAAUUUCUGAAUCCACUCACAUGGAAAUUGAAGUUGUGGAUGUGGGCACAGACUGUCCUGAUGGUGUUGCCAGAGGUGAGGAUGCUCUUUCUCUUCUGGAAAACUCACAGACACGGAGCCAGUUUAUCGAUGAGCUAAUGGAGUUGGAACUGUUCCUAUGUCAGCGGCUGCGUGAGAUGAAUGAAGAAGGUGACGUGGUGGCUAUGAGUCAGUUCCAGCUCGCUCCCUCUGUGAUCCAGGCUCAGACUCCCGAGCGUGUGCAGGUCAUGCUGGCAGAGGUGCGAGGCCUGCUGAAUGGGUUCACCACACUACGAAUGCAGCACCUCUUCAUGAUCCAGGCAUCACCACGCUAUGUGGAUCGUGUGUCUGAGUUACUGCGGCAGAAACUCAAACAGGCUGACAUCUUAGUGCUGAAGCGUAACAUGCUGGCUGAAAAAAGACAGGAGGCUCUGGAGGAACAGGCCAGGCUAGAGCCCCGCAUUGAUCUGCUGGCUGCUCGAACCAAGGAACUACAGAAACUGAUUGAAGCGGACAUAUCCAAGCGAUACAACAACCGGCCUGUCAACCUCAUGGGUGUUCAUGUGUGACCAAGAAGAGUAUUUACUUUGAAGCACAAAUGUAUAAUUUCAUAAAUAAAUUCCAUUCAUUUGUUUUAUUUGAACGAAUAUAAUUUUAUCAGUUUGCAUAAAAUUGUCAUGGGAAGUACGGACAAACACAACCAAACAAGUCUAACCAUAAAUCUCCCCUUGUGCUUCAUCACUGUGUUGUCUCUCUCUUGCUCAGCACCGACUGGUUUAAUCACAUGGCUGAAACGCAUUAUGCUCACAAAAUUGAGGAUCUAAUGGAUGUCGUCUUUACACACCCCCUGCAUCUAAAACAAGGACAGAACUGUGAUGAAUUACAGCUUCAUUUCAGACAAGUUUUAAAAACAUAUUGCGUGUCUUGAUGGUAUAGACAUGGCAACAUUUAGCAAAGAUAUUAUCUGUGGCAAAUUUGUCUUUGUUUUUUCAAAAUGGUAAAGUCUUAACACAUGCAUGACUACGCAUCCAUUCUCUCUUUUGUCUGUCUCCUCCCCUC